CAGCUAUUACGUGUUCACUCGUUGUGUGCCUGAGUCAUUGUGCUUAUCAAACGUGCCUAGUACAUCCGGACCCCUCCGGCGUCUCUGAGACUCUGAAUAAGCAUGGAUUCCUGCUCUGAUCCUGAACUGCUGUAUCGUUCGGGAGAGUACUGGGGAGAGAAGGUUUCGGAGGCGGUUUUUUCGGUUUAUAAUUCUCUCCCAAAGAAAGGAAAGCCUCAAGGCCGAGAAACCACCGUUUUGGCUGCAUUCCUCGUCUCUUCUCCUUCCCAAGAUUUGCGAGUUGUUGCUUUGGGGACUGGAACUAAAUGUCUCGGAUGCUCACUCCUGAGUCCACACGGAGAUGUUGUAAACGACUCCCAUGCAGAAAUUAUUGCACGAAGAGCACUAUUGAGGUUUUUCUAUACAGAGAUUGCGAAUCUUAAUGAAGUUUAUAAUAAGUAUGGGCAUUAUGAAGGAGAAAAUGAUGCAAUGGACUUUCUUUUUCGUUUGGAGGCAAAUGGUCCUUACCAAGGAAAGUACUCAAUGAGACCGGGUUGGCAGUUGCACUUAUACAUUUCACAGUUGCCCUGUGGGGAUGCCUCGACUACUUCACCACUGGCUUUGUCAAGAGAUCUUAUCCUAAAGAAAGAGAGCUCACAAAUGUAUAUGAGCAAACCUAAUGGUUUUGUGGAUGAAUGUUUUGAAACAUCAAUCAAGAAUAAUGGUCAUAUGCAAGUCAUUGGCAUGGUCCAGAGGAAGCCUGGUCGUGGUGAUACAACAUUGUCAGUGAGCUGCUCUGAUAAAAUAGCACGUUGGAAUGUUGUGGGGAUUCAAGGAUCUUUACUUUCCUUCUUUCUUCAGCCAGUCUAUCUAUCUUCCAUUACUGUUGGGCGGCCUCCUAGCAAUGCUUCUGAAGAAUUUCCACUAAAAAUUCAUUUGAAACGAGCACUUUGUGAUCGCAUCCUUCAACUAUCUACAGAGAUAAUGCCUCCAUUUCAAGUGAACAAGCCGUUGUUCUGGGAGGCUCCUAUACCGCUAAAUGAGUUUCAGCAAUCAGACACUGCUGCAACAACUUUGACUUGUGGGUAUUCUAUCUGCUGGAAUAAAUCUGGUUUGCAUGAAGUUAUACUUGGAACCACUGGCAGAAAGCAAGGCACCUCUGCAAAGGGGGCAUUGUACCCCUCUACUGAGUCAUCUUUAUGCAAGAAGCGACUAUUGCAGCUUUUUUUGUCAUUGAAACAAGAAUGCUUUGAUGAACUGCAAUCUGAUGAGGUAUCUUAUCGAGAAUUGAAGGCAAAAUCUCAAGAUUAUAGAUCCUCGUUGAAGAUUUUUAAAGAUAGUUCACCCUUCAGCAAUUGGUUUGUGAAACCACUGGAUCUUGAGGCUUUCUCUAUAUCAGGACUGUGAAGAUGGUUCUAUUUGUCUCAAGUCCAAUGGUUUUUAUUUGAAUUCUUAAGACAGGACUCCUGUUAUCUUCAAAACCAAGAAGAUUGGAGCAGUUCAAAGUGGAAAAGAUCUAGUGUCUGAAACUUCUUGUUUGGGUUGGUCCCACAUUAUACAAUUUGAGGUUGGGCUGAUUUUAUGAACUAGGGGCAUGGCUUCAUUGAUUCAUGAAAUUUACUCAUUGGUCUUGACCAACUAAUUGACGAGGCACCUUUAUGUUUGGAGAACCUGUAUUCUGGUGGAACCUCUCAGUGCUGGGGUCUAAAUGAACCAGAAUCCUCCAUGUUGCAAUAUAGGGCCCAAAAGUGUUCUCGAAUCUGUCCAUCUGGUAGAUUUUAGCCCCAAAUCCUUUUGACAUUUGAGCUAAUUAUGUCCUUUGUGGUGCCCUGUGACUGAGAAAACUUCAAAAGACUGGAUGUGUAGCUUCUGAUUGAAUUUAUUGUCAUCCUUUUGGGUCCAAAGCUAAUAUUGAUAAUUUGAGAGAUGGUAACCAUUUUCGUAGUUUGCAUCUUGUGUUCAAGUGUAGAUUUUUUUUAACUGGGUAAAACCUAGAGUUAAUUGGUUGGACAAGUCAGGUUCAAAGAGACGAAGACAUCUGAAUGUUGCUAGUAGUUUGUAGGUAUGUUACAUGCUUGACCAAUACACCAGAAGCCUUAAGACUGACAGAACAGCUAAGCAUCUCAACAUUUAGGACUGGAACUGUGGGAAUAAGUGAAUUACUAGUCCAGGGAAAAUGUUCCUAGAGAGGGUAAAUUGUAUGCUGUAUAUGCAACAGAUAUUAUAAUUGUCAAACACAAUCUGGGCUGGUCAUUGUUAAAACUGUGAGAAAAAGAAAAGUGAAGGAGAAAACAAAACAAAAGCUGAGGCUGAACUGGAGUAGGGCCACUUUGUGAUGGCUUAAAAUCUAAAUGAAUGGUGCAAGUGCAAUGAACAGGGGCGGAAACAGAGGCAUUUGUGCAAGACUCAGGCCAGCGUUAGCUGAUUCAACGAAGCAAGAAAUUAUAGAGGCCCUACUAAAAUAAUGCAGAUAAUUUCAUUUUCAUCAUUUCAUGUUUAGUUCGGUCACUCACCUUUCUCUUAUGCGAGUUGGGAGGCUGAAACUAUGCUUUGGCUUGAAUGGUUUCAUUUGCUAGAA